AGAAUCCUUUUUAUGAUAUUCUCCCGACGUAGCCAAAAGAACAACACUCAGGUUGAAUUUCUGCGAUCAAAUUUACGCACAAUUUUGACACCAAUCGACUUGAAAAUAUGUCGGAGAAAUUCUCGGCUACACUAAGGAUCGGCGACCUUAAUGAUUUCAUCGCACCGUCACAGGGCUGUGUUGUUUCUAUGAAGUCCGGUUCUUCCAGGCUCGUUGAUAAACCAAAGAAGCCGAUGAAAGCUGCACCUGCUACAGAAACACUUCAGACAGAUCCAGUAAAAAUAUCACUCAAGGAUUGCUUAGCAUGCAGUGGAUGCAUUACUUCUGCAGAGACUGUUAUGCUAGAGAAGCAAAGCUUGGAUGAGUUCCUUUCAAAUAUAAACAAUGGAAAGACUGUUAUUGUCUCUCUUUCACCCCAGUCUAGGGCUUCUAUUGCUGUGCAUUAUGGUCUUUCUCCAGUUCAGGUUUUCAGGAAACUUAUCACACUUUUCAAGUCUUUGGGAGUUAAAGCUGUAUUUGAUACCAGCUGUAGUAGAGACUUGACUCUUAUCGAAUCUUGUAAUGAAUUCAUAUCACGAUAUAAGCAAAACCAUUCAGAUGAGAAGGAGGAAUCUAGAUCAUUUCUACCCAUGAUAUCGUCCGCAUGUCCUGGUUGGAUAUGCUAUGCUGAAAAAACACUUGGUUCGUAUGUCCUUCCAUAUAUUUCCUCAGUGAAGAGCCCCCAACAAUCCAUUGGAGCUAUUAUCAAGCAUCAUCUAUGCCAAAAAUUAGGUCUUCGACCAGCUGAGAUUUAUCAUGUGACGGUGAUGCCCUGUUAUGACAAAAAGCUUGAGGCUUCCAGGGAUGAUUUUGUUUUCCGAGACCAAUCUGAUGAAGGAUCUGGCUCUGACCAAAUGACCACAGAGGUAGAUUCUGUGUUGACAACUGGAGAGGUUUUAGAUUUAAUACAGUCAAAAGCAGUAGAUUUCAGCAAUUUGGAGGAGUCCCCUCUUGAUAAAUUAUUAUCCAAUGUUAGUGAAGAGGGGCAUCUUUUUGGGGUUAGGGGAAGCUCUGGAGGAUAUGCAGAUACAAUCUUCCGUUAUGCUGCCAAGACACUUUUUGGUCAAGAUAUCAAAGGGCCUCUGGACUUCAAGACCAUACGGAACUCUGAUUUCCAGGAAGUGACUUUAGAAGUAGAAGGUAAAACGGUAUUGAAGUUUGCGCUAUGUUAUGGUUUCCGGAACUUGCAAAAUGUAGUGAGGAAACUAAAAAUUGGAAAAUGUGACUACCAUUACUUAGAGAUCAUGGCUUGCCCUUCAGGCUGCUUAAAUGGAGGUGGUCAACUGAAGCCAAAACCAGGACAAUCCGGCAAAGAUCUGAUUCAAGCACUAGAAAUUACAUAUAUGGAAAAGGUUUUGGCUGCUGAUCCGUUUGAAAACCUGGUGGUGAAGAGCUUAUAUGAUGGGUGGCUUGAAUAUCCUGGUUCGGAGAAAGCUAAACAACACAUACACACAGAAUACCACCCGAUCGUUAAAAGUAUAACGUCUCAGUUGCAUAACUGGUGACAGAACAAUUAGUCUUUGGUUCUCGACACCAAUCUCUGUAGUCAUCUUUUUGAGCGUUGAACGUUUGAGGCUAUGCAGACCGAGUUAUUCAACGUCAAGUUUCGAAAUUUUGGUAGGCCAUAAUUUUGUUGUGAUUCUACAGAACAUACUUGAUAUUAAUGUAAGAGAAAGGUAAUGUUUAUGUAUUUGGUACGAUAGAUAUAAUUGGUUUUAUAGUAUUCAGAAAAAAGAAUGUAUACACACACCUUGGCUUUCUAUUCUUUUAAUUGUGUGUUACUUUUCUUUU